AUGACGAUGGUGGAGGAAGACACAAAAUCUGGAAUUGCUUUGCUGUACAAUGAGGAGACCAACAAUACCUAUGAUGUCUGCCUGAAAUUGACCAAAGAGGUAUUAACCAUACAGAAGCUGGAUGUGGUUUGCACAAGUGGAAGUGAAUCCCAAGUAAAUCACAGAACUGUUGUACUGAGAAGACAAGCGACUGGCGGUCUGGGCUUAAGCAUCAAAGGAGGCGCAGAGCACAACGUGCCCGUGGUUAUUUCAAAGAUUUUUAAAGAUCAAGUAGCCGAUCAGACGGGGAAGCUGUUCGUUGGGGACGCUGUGUUGCAGGUCAAUGGCAUAAAUGUAGAGCCGUGCACUCAUGAGGAAGUUGUUCACCUCUUGCGCACCGCCGGAGAUGAGGUCACCAUCACCGUUCGCUACCUGCGAGAAGUUCCAUCGUUUUUAAAACUGCCUCUGGGUUCUCCUGGGCUGUCCACUGAUCAAAGCCGCGUAUCCUCUCCUCUGUUUGACAGUGGCGUACAUCUCAAUGGAAACGGAAACAACACAGCUCCAUCACCUCCUUUGCCCUCAGCUAAUGAACCAAAGUAUGAGAAGCGCUGGCUGGAUGCCGUCUCCCUCCCCUUGUUGAUGGCCAGAGUCUCCAGAUACAAAGCUGGCACAGAUAAAUUAAGGUCCAACUGUUUUGAAGUCUUCGCCUUGGAUGGAGCCAGCACCAAUAUUCUUCAAUUUUGCACUGCAGCAGAAAGCACUGACUGGCUCCAAGCAAUAUCUACAAAUAUCAAUGACUUGACACAGGAGAAUAUAAAGAUCAUCAACAAAUACUGCUCCUCAGAUGAUCAGAUUGUUCACAUGGGCUGGGCAUGUGAAAGCCCCGAGGGUAGCGCCGCUUGUAAGACUUCAGCAUUCAAGUUCCUGGCACUUAGAGGACCAUAUUUUUAUAUCUUCAGAAGUCCCCCGAUCAAUGCAGCUGACUGGGGACAAGCUGAAACAACAUAUAACCUCUAUGAGGUGCUUUUCAAGGUUCACAAGCUGUGGAUGGCAGAGGACUGCUGGCUUCAGGCGCGGCUCUACUUAGGGCUGGAGCAUUCGCCCGAGCAGCAGGACAAUGAGUCUCUGUGCUUCAGUAUUCUGGUCGGCCACGGCCAGAGCCACACCUUCAGGGUAGAGCUGGCCACCGACCUGGCUAUCUGGGAGAGGUCCUUCCAAAGAGCUGUCUUCUUGGAGGUGCAGCGAAUACGAUCCAAAAGCUACAUGUGCAGCAGCCAGGGGAACGUGUUGUGCUUCACCAUAGAUUUUGGAUCAGGCUUCACCUGCUCAGAAGGCACUGCAAAGACCAUAAUGUGGCGAUAUAAGUUCUCUCAACUUAAAGGCUCCUCUGAUGAUGGGAAAACCAGGGUAAAACUCCUUUUCAAGAAUGCUGAAAGCAACCAAAUAGAGAUGAAGGAAUUAGAGUUUGCUAAUCUAACGGCCGUCCUUCACUGUAUACAUUCUUUUAUCGCUGCCAAAGUGGCCUCCAUGGACCCUCUCUUUAUGUGCAGUCAAAGCUUCCCUGGACAUUACAUGAACAGUUAAACGACCCCUCCUCAUCGUCAUGUGCACCUGUGGCAAAUCAGCAGUAUUUUAUGCACAGAGCCAACUGAUAUGUAUAUCUUGUUCUUGCUAUUUUUGUAUGAACUAUGGAAAAAAUAAAUAUUUGUAAAAGACUGUGAAGGUAGAUCAUGGAUGAAUUUAGGGUGGACAGAAGAUGAAGUAGAAAAAACACAAUGCAAACGGAUUCACAGUUCUUCCAUUUCUUUAAAUAUUUUCCUUUCUCUCAUUACAUGAUGGACACUGAUGAUGAUCGGAGGUUACUUGUCAACUUGUCACUUUUAAAGGCAGCACCCGUGCGACCAUACGGUGUGUGACUGCCACAGAUUUGACAACAGGACACGAUUCGCCAAACAUAGCAACUGCCAAUGUUUUUAGCAGAAAAUCUCAGCUGAUACUGUAUCUCUGAAGAAUAAUGAUGCCGUGCCUACAUCCAGUGAGUAAGUACGUUUUAACAGACAGAAUAAAUCUGAUGCUGGCUUACUGUCACAGACCUUUGACAGGGAUUUUUUUUCCUUCAGAUUCACAGUUGAACAGUAAUGAAUAGCCAACCUUCCUCUUUUCCAGUUCUUCUGUUUUUCUUAGUUUUCUUUUGUUGUUGCUGUGAACACUAACACCUUACAAUACAAUGUAGUCUGGUAAGCCUCCAAAUAACCAUUGGAUUAAAUCAACACCUUUUUUAUAUUGUCCCAAUUCAAAUAAAACAUAAGGCAGCAUUUAACUGCAGGGGUACUUUAUUGGCAAAGAAUAAACUGUAUAAUGUUUGUGCUAUUGUGACCAUCUUUUGUAUCUAAUAAAGGCAAAUUGCCUGAGUUUCCAAUCUCUCUGGCCGAUGAUGACAUUUCACUGAAAUGUGACAUUUCAGCUUCAAAGUAUUGUUAAGACACUUUUAUCAACUCCCUUUCUAAUACAGUGAAGAAUACUGUAUGUCUUCAG